ACGUUUCAAAAUUUUCAUUAGACAAGUAACUCAAGUUAAGCGUCCAUUUGGCUUCAUUCCAAGCACUUUCACUUCCACCAAUUUAACCAUACACCAUUACUUGUAAAUUUCGAAAUACCAAACAAAAAAAAAAAAAAAAUUGCUGAAGGCACUGAAGAAUGGCUGUGUUUGCAUCUUCAUCCUCUUUACAAACCCAUUUGCAUUCCUCGCUCUUGGCACCUUCUUUUGAAGGUGCACAUGGUCACAAUUCGUGGUGGGUGCGAGUGAGAUCACAGAAUGCCUCUGGUCAAAGAUUACACACACACAGCAAAAGAGGGCUGAAACUAAAAGUCAAGAGUGCAGCAACAAAACCAGCAAAAUCUCCAGCUGAAGAAGAGUGGAAGAUUAAGCGAGAAUAUCUGCUUCAGAAAAGGGUAAGGAGUGUGGAAGUAAAGGAAGCUCUGCGCCUUCAGAAAGAAAAUAACUUUGUGUUGCUUGAUGUAAGGCCAGAAGCACAGUUCAAAGAGGCACAUCCUCCAGGUGCAAUCAAUGUGCAAGUAUAUAGACUAAUAAAAGAGUGGACAGCAUGGGACAUUGCUAGGCGUGCUGCAUUUGCAUUUUUUGGCAUUUUUGCUGGUACAGAAGAGAACCCUGAGUUCAUCAAGAAUGUUGAAGCAAAACUAGAUAAAAGUGCAAAGAUAAUAGUCGCUUGCUCUUCAGGGGGUACAUUGAGACCAUCACAAAAUUUGCCUCAGGGACAACAAUCAAGUCUUCUGGGGUGUAGGAGGGCCGAACGAGAGCUUCAAGUGGAUUCUUCAGAGGGGCGAGGUACCUGCAAAAGGCACUCCGACGCUCAAGUCAGGAUAAGCACGAUUUUAUAGGGUAAUAAUGAACAG